CGCGUAUCCCUUGACAUCACCGUCUGCCCCCUCUUUUCUGCGGAAAAAAAUCGCGCUGGCAUGGUACGAGUCGCGUGCUCAAUGACACACGCACAAACGCGACUCCACAAUCACACCGUGACCCCUGCCAGCUGAUCCCCCAAGCCUACCCAAACACGUCCAGAAGCCGCCAGAAGCCGAAUCCGCCUGAACGUUGGGGACGUCGUGCUCCACUUUCCGCUGAUGCUGAGAUGCUUGGUCGUCACCGUGCGACCGCGACGGCCACAUCCAGCGGUGCCGAGAUAUACUGCCGCCGCGCCUUUUCUUUUCUCGCCAGCUGGGCGUGCCUUGCGCUCCGAGGCCUCUUUUCUUUUCGCUCGCUGGUCACCUCGUGCGUCAUGCGGUGCGCGCCAUAUGAGCUCUGCGACGCUAGAAGCCCUGGUGCGCGGCGCGUGCCUCGGAGCUCGGAACGUCGGGCGCCACAGCCACAACACUUUUCCAGUGCGACCCCAGGCUUGUGCGAGGCCAUGGAUGUGCUGGGGACUUUGCAUGUGGAUGAUGUCUUCGACGGCUCCGCAGCGGCAAGGAUUACAGAUGCGGCACUUCCCUACGGCGCCAUCAGCGGGCAUGUAUCGGGAAUGUGGCCGACCAUACUAUAGCUGGCCUGACGGUUGGGCG